GAAUGAAGAAGAGGACAAGGCAUAGCAAUGCAUUAAAUGCAUUAGUUUUCGUGUACCAUUCUUCUCCAUAACCUUCCCUUCAAACUCAAUCAAUCACCAAUAACCAAUUAUUCACUUCUGCGUGUCUCUCUGUUUUCGUUUGCUUCCUCUGCUUGCCUUCCCGUUGUUGUCUUCUCUGCAGAUACUUCAUUUCGAGAUGGUUAGGACUCAGUAGGCAGAGAAAGACAACAUUCAUGCCGAUGGAAAGAAGAGAGCAGACCAUGUUACUGAAUUUUGUUCUUGCUUCCUUUGUCUUCUUGGUUUCUAUUAGAGAUGGGAGUGCUAGGAUCACUAGCUCCUUCAUUCGGUCAGAGUGGCCUGCAGUUGACCUCCCCCUUGAUCAUGAAGCAUUUGCAGUUCCGAAGGGUUAUAAUGCACCUCAGCAAGUGCACAUCACGCAAGGUGACUACGAUGGAAAAGCUGUAAUCAUCUCAUGGGUGACCCCAGAUGAACCAGGGCCCAGCCAUGUACAAUACGGCACAUCAGAGAGUAAAUUUCAAACUAGUUUAGAAGGCACAGUUAGAAACUAUACUUUUCAUGAAUACAAGUCGGGAUACAUUCAUCAUUGUGUUCUUGAAGACCUUGAGUAUAAGACUAAAUACUACUACAGAAUCGGAAGCGGUGAUUCUUCUCGAGAAUUUUGGUUUGAAACACCCCCCAAAAUUGACCCGGAUGCUUCCUACAAAUUUGGGAUAAUUGGCGAUUUGGGCCAAACGUUUAAUUCUCUUUCCACCCUUGAGCAUUAUAUACAGAGUGGAGCGGAGGCUGUCUUAUAUGUCGGAGAUCUUUCUUACGCUGAUAGGUACGAAUACAAUGAUGUUGGUUUGCGGUGGGAUACGUGGGGCCGAUUUGUUGAAAGGAGUACAGCAUAUCAUCCAUGGAUAUGGUCUGCCGGAAAUCACGAAAUAGAUUACAUGCCUUACAUGAGAGAAGUUGUUCCUUUCAAAAACUUUCUUUACCGAUAUACUACUCCCUAUUUGGCCUCCAAUAGCAGCAGCCCCCUCUGGUAUGCAGUGAGGCGUGCGUCUGCUCAUAUAAUUGUGCUAUCCAGCUAUUCGCCAUUUGUAAAAUACACGCCUCAAUACAUGUGGCUUCAAGAAGAGCUGAAGCGGGUUGAUAGGGAGAAGACUCCUUGGCUCAUUGUGCUCAUGCACAUUCCACUCUACAACAGUAACGGAGCUCACUAUAUGGAGGGUGAGAGCAUGCGAUCAGUGUUUGAGAGCUGGUUCAUCAAAUACAAAGUUGACGUGAUCUUUGCUGGGCAUGUCCAUGCUUAUGAAAGAUCAUAUCGAUUCUCCAAUAUAGACUACAACAUAACAAGCGGAAACAGGUAUCCCUUACCUGACAAAUCAGCGCCUGUUUAUAUAACAGUCGGAGAUGGUGGAAAUCAAGAAGGACUUGCUGCAAAGUUUUUGGAUCCACAGCCUGAAUAUUCUGCAUUUCGUGAAGCAAGCUAUGGACACUCUACCUUGGAGAUAAACAAUAGGACUCAUGCUAUCUAUCACUGGAACCGCAAUGAUGAUGGCAAGAAAGUACCAACGGACUCUUUCAUAUUGCAUAACCAGUAUUGGGGAACCAAUCGGAGAAGAAGAAAGCUGAAACAUUUUCUAUUGACAGUUAUAGAUGAAGUUGCCGACAUGUAAUUCGGAACUUUGAAGCAGUGUGUUCUUUGGUGUGUAUAUAUGCAGGUGAAUACUAUCCGAAUGAGCAAAAUGAAAGACCAUGGAAAUGCUAUAUGUAUUGGCUUGUAUGCUUGUUGUGUUACCACAGCUGCUAAGAGUAUUAAUGAACAUAUGCUUUUAGCAGGAGGAAAAAAUUGGUAACCAGAUAUUACCUGCAUAUUGUUAUGCUUCCGUUUCAGUGAUCUGUGUGAUAUUGUGUUA